CACUUUUCCCCCGCCUUUCUCCCAUUCCUUGCUUCUCCCUCCCGUAAACUCGAAAUGGCGCCAAAGGCGGUAACUUUUCCGGCUGCUUUACCGGUUGUUUUCGUCGUUUUUACUCUAUGUCUCAUGUUCUCUGCUUCUGCUACUGCGCAUGACUACUCCGACGCUCUCCGGAAAUGCAUUCUUUUCUUUGAAGGUCAACGUUCCGGGAAACUUCCGCCGGAUCAGCGCGUCAGGUGGCGGAGUCAUUCUGCAUUGCACGAUGGAGCUUCCGCCGGGGUCGAUUUGACGGGAGGAUACUACGACGCCGGUGACAACAUAAAGUUUGGGUUUCCGAUGGCGUUUACGACAACAAUGCUGGCAUGGAGUGUGAUAGAUUUCGGGAGGAUAAUGGGGCCGGAGCUAGGGAAUGCAGUUAGAGCAGUGAAAUGGGGAACCGAUUACUUACUAAAAGCAACCGCGACAGACGGUGUCGUUUAUGUUCAAGUAGGAGACGCAAUCUCGGACCAUAACUGUUGGGAGAGGCCGGAGGACAUGGAUACGCUACGAACGGUGUCUAAGAUCGACCGGAACCACCCGGGAUCUGACGUGGCUGGGGAAACCGCCGCUGCUUUGGCCGCUGCAUCCAUCGUUUUCCGGUCACGUGACCCGACUUACUCUCGCAUCCUUCUCAACCGUGCUGUUAAGGUCUUCCGUUUUGCUGACACCUACAGAGGAGCAUACAGCAACGACUUGCACUCUGCCGUUUGCCCAUUUUACUGUGACAACAAUGGCUAUCAGGAUGAAUUGCUUUGGGCAGCAGCAUGGUUACACAAGGCAUCAAGACGACGUCAGUACAGAGAGUACAUCAUUAAAAACGAGGUUAUUUUACGGGCAGGUGACACCAUUAAUGAAUUUGGGUGGGAUAACAAACAUGCGGGGAUCAAUGUUCUUGUUUCAAAGGAGGUGUUAAUGGGAAAAUCGCCUGGUUUCAAAUCGUUCCAGAAUAACGCCGAUGCUUUUAUUUGUUCUUUAUUACCUGGAACGACUCAUCUUGAAGUUCAAUAUUCACCAGGUGGAUUGAUAUUUAAAGCUGGAGGGAGUAACAUGCAACAUGUAACUUCACUAUCCUUUUUACUGUUGGCCUACUCUAACUACCUCAGCCACGCCAAUCAUGUAGUGCCAUGUGGCGAUAAAUCAGCUUCCCCUGCUCUUCUCAAAAGUCUAGCCAGACGUCAGGUGAAUUAUAUACUUGGAGAUAAUCCAAUUAAAAUGUCCUACAUGGUGGGAUAUGGGUCCCGUUACCCGCAAAGGAUUCAUCAUAGGGGGAGCUCAGUACCCUCUGUCAGGGUCCAUCCAGCCCGCAUUGGUUGCAAGGCUGGAUCACGUUACUUUUUCAGUCCUGACCCCAACCCGAAUGUACUGGUUGGGGCAGUCGUCGGUGGGCCUAAUACCACCGACGCGUUCCCAGACUCCAGACCCUUUUUUCAAGAAUCGGAGCCCACAACGUAUAUAAAUGCACCGUUGGUUGGAUUACUAGCCUACUUUGCAGCCCACCCUUGAGUUACACGUGUCCAAUGAGUAGUGGUGCGCAAAACGGUCACCCUGCAUUUCUUCCUUACUUCUGCUUAACCAUAUGUUUAUUAGUGUCUUUGUCUUUUUUCCAAAAUGGAAAAAUGGGAUUUUUUUUUUUGGUUUUAUGGUGACAUAUCGGCUAUUAAUGGGGGGCAUUAUUUAAGUAAAUCUUUCUUUUGUGUUAUGGGGCUAAAGUGUUUAAAGUUGUGUCUUAUGUGUAAUUUGGUUGUUUGGAGGAAAUAGUUUUGGCAAACGUGAUUAGAAUCGUUGAAGUGUAAAAGUUGUUUCCAAUUGUACUUUUGUGAUAUGGAAAUUGUAAGUGAAAUCUAUUAAUAGUUAUUCGAAAGUUUAUUUGAUAGUUAA